CGAUCCCUCCCGCUUCCGCACGGUGGAAAAAAGGAAAGCACUGCUCGCUCCGUCAUUGCCUCCGUGCGACAAGGAAAGCCUGCGAUAUCCUCGCUUGUGCGGUCUCCCCUCCCUCAGCGACGAUCCCGCAUCCCGCCCACCCUGCACCACGCUCACCUGGCCUCGUGAAACCCUGCCCCCGCACCUCUUCGUCUUCCGCCGCGCGACCGCUGUCCCGAAAUCACGUCAUCUGCUCUAAAAUCCAAAUCCCCUCGUCCUCCGGCCCCCAUCACCGGAUGAGCUACCCGCGGACGCGCCGCCGCCAUUGGAGGAUGGGCCGUCCGAACUCCACCGCCGUACGUGCUGUUGCCUCGACGCUGCAGGACGCUCUAGCUGCUGCCACCGCCGACCACCGCGGGACGCGCCGCUGCCUCGAUAGCCGGUGUUGCCGUCCCAGUGUCCCAGCAAAGCAAAAGUUGGAGCCUUCUUCAAAGAUGGAAGCAACCAGGAAGGUUCGCUUCAGAUCCAUUGUUGAGAAUAGGGUGAGUGAGAAGGAAGCUCCCGUACUCCUCUUGGUGGCCCUGCCCUGCCAUGCCAUAGUCUGCAGCAGCGGCGGUCACCAUGGUCUAUUGCAAAUGCAUCCAGUUCAGCUAUGUGGUUGUGCCCAGCCAACUACAAGUUCCAUUAUUUUCUUCUCUGUUGCAAAUGCAUCCAUGUGCAGCUAUGUGGCUAUGCCCUGCCAACUACAAGUUCUAUUAUUUUUUUCUAUGUUGCAAAUGCAUCAAUGUGCAGCUAUGUGGCUAUGUCUUGCCAACUGCAAGUUCCAUUAUUUUCUUCUCUAUGCUUUCUGAUUCAUGCUUUCCACAGUUUCAACGAAGGUUGCAUAUAGUUUGUAGUUAAAGUGAUAUGGAGGUAGUUGCUGAAUGGCUCCAUUACUAUACUGGUUUUUCAAUUGUGGUCCUCCCUCUUCAAUUGGAUUAGUGAGGAUGUAAAAAAAGAGUGGAGGCACUCGACAAGCUCGUUGAACUGGUCAAUCACAGGCUCAUUGUAUUUUAGGAGGGAUUCAGCACUAUAACUGUACAAUUGGUGGAGUACCACACAGCCUGACUCAGGUUGGUACACUGUUUUGCAGUAUAUGGCUGCAGUGAAUGUACGUAGUCCUGAAUGGUGAGUAGCUUUGUUGCAAUUUCUGACUUAUGAUGGCCCCAUUACAGUAUGCUAGAACUAUAGAAUUACAAGUAUUUCGUAUCGAGUUAAAUAAUUGCCUACAUCUCACCGAGCUACUAAUUGCAGAUACUAAUGGAACAAUGUUUCAAAGCGUCAAUGGCAUACUAAACUGGAUCAUAAUUCAAUACUAGGGACGUACGGUUGAAGGCAAUGUUAUUAUCUAAAAUAUAAAAAAGGGUGGUCUUGGUAUACCAGUCAUGUACGAAACAAACCGGUAAUUUAAAGAGAUGGUUAGUUCUAAAAGGUUGCAGAAUAAAUUGAUCUUAUUAUGGUGACAUGAACUUUUAUGUGCGUAUGCACAAAUAUACAAUACUAUAAAUGCAUUCCUUGAUGCUUGCAAACUAUCAAUGAGAAUUUUAGCCAUGCACAAAAUUCAAUUUGUAAUAUUCGCAUAAUCACUUUUUGUAAUAAUACAAUAUGUUUAUGCUCAAAUUAUUACGGUAUUAUUUGUUCCA